CUUUCUGUUUCUCCAUCUUUUACAUUUUCUCAUUGUCUUAUAAAUAAGGUUUGAGCCCCCUUUCUGAUAUUGUCUAUUGUUCUUUUGUUUCACUGUUUUCCCUCCUCUGCCCCAUUUUUAUUUCUAGAGACUAAAGUCCAGUCCAGUUUGUGGAGCAGACCUUUGUUUUCAAACUGUUUUUUCAAGAUGUACUUCCUUUCCUAAAUUGUUAGUGACUGUUUCUUUUUCUCAAGAAAAGAAAAGAAAAAAAAGGGAGAGAUGUUGAUGACAAACAUAGAGUCUAGACUGUCCAAUAUCAUCUAACUUAAUUAUGAAAAGUUAAAUACUUUCUUUUUUUUUUUUAAUUGAUUACCAUCUUGUUUAUGUAGACCUUUCUUGAGACAAGGCUUGCAGAGCUAGCCGAGAAGCAGGGGCAUGUAACUCAUUAUAUCUUCACCGACUCAGAUAUAGCUGUGGUUGAUGACUUAGGACAUAUAUUUGACAGCUAUAAAAAUUUCCAUUUGGCUCUCACCUUCAGGAACAACAAAGAUCAGCCUCUGAACUCUGGAUUUAUUGCUGUGAAGGGCACAAGUCAAGCAAUUUUAAGGGCAAAGGUUUUCCUUGAAGAAGUGCUAAAAAUCUAUAGUUCCAAAUACAUGAAGGCAUCCCGAAUGCUUGGAGAUCAGUUAGCUCUUGCCUGGGUUGUAAAAUCACACCCUUCUUUUGAUGCAAGGAGAUUCACUAAAGCACAGCCUUUCAUUGAAGAAAUUGGUGUUGCAUCUGUUCUAUUUUUACCCUGUUCUAUGUAUAAUUGGACCCCACCUGAGGGUGCAGGCCAAUUUCAUGGCAUGCCACUGGAUGUCAGGGUAUUUUAGACUUUCAUGAUUUUAUCAGUUACUAGAUGAAGCACUAUAACCCUUAACUUAUCUUGUUUUUACUUGCCGGAUACAGGUUGUUCAUUUUAAGGGAUCAAGGAAACGCCUAAUGCUCGAGGCUUGGAACUUUUUUAAUUCUUCUUCAGACAUUUCAGAUAUGUUGUGUCUCAUUUUGAGUAGUGGCAGAACAAAGUAUGAUUUUUGAAUAAUUUCAUUUGGUUCAAUAGGAAUCAAUGUGAUAGAAAACAUCAAUUCAUCCAAAAUGAAUAUACUUCUUGAUGAUUA